GCCGUGCAGAUACUGAAGAGGCCGAAGGAUGUUGGCUUUAUCCUCAGCUGGCCUCGGAUGCUACGAAGAGCUCCCAAGAGGCAGCUGGUGUCACCGCCGGGUGGCGCGUGGACGUCCCGUCGCUGCUGUCUGUCGAUGACGAUGGAUACAGCUGCCAACUGAACCUCUACUUGCGGCUCGGCUCAAGGGACUACUCCCUCCUCACGAGCCGCAUCGGCGGCACCAUGGCGGGGUGCGGCAGGGGGAAGUGUCGGGGUGGUGCUGCUGCUCGUGAGGGUGGCCAGGGGUGGCGGGUUGGUGCUGCUGCAGGUGAGGGCAGGGCGUGUCGGGGUGGUGCUGCUGCGAGGGGAGGGGGAGGGAAGGGGUGCUGGAGUGGGAGGGGCAGGUGCAGGGCUGGUGGUGGGAGGGGCACGAGCCGGGGGGCGACGUGGGACGGGGGAUGAACGAGAUGAGGAGGCACCAUCAUCGCCCCACUGCCUCUCGGUCCACUGCCCAUCCACAUGUCGAUGCAGGUGGCCUGGGACCGUCUCGUCAACACUACGAGCGCCUGCAUUCACGAAGAUGUUCUUCCCCCUCAACGUGUUCAUCAUGUAUGUCAUCUUGCGUAGUGUACCUUCGGUACGUAUUCCAGGAGGAGGAAAAUGUGUCCACAGUGUCGGAUGGAGCGGUGCAGGCGGACAAUGUUGCGGGGAUCACACCGCCGGUGCAACUGACACGUUGACAGACGGCACAGGCACACAUACACACGGACACAUGUGAUGCCGCCCGACCCAUGAGUGUUGUCUCUGUUGUGUCGUGUGUGCCCCAUCCUUCUCUCCGUACCUCCACCUCGCGCUGCAGCUGGCUGACCAUGGCUCUGCUGGUGUAGUGCUCUAUUUCAAUCUGCACAGACAGAAACAAACACCCACCAAUGGAUUUCGGACGGCUCUGUUUCUGUGCUCUGUUUCUAUGCGAUGGGGGAUUUGAUGGUCUUGUGGCGUAGUAGCAGCACUCUGGCGUACGCCCCCGCCUGCAAGCGCGACAUGGAGAGGGAUCAACAUUACAUGGCCGAUCGGAAUGCUGCCGUGCACUGCACAUUGUGUGUGUGUCGGUCCGCACUUACUCCCAGUAUGUGUGUGUUGGGGUUGUGGUGGUCCCUGGGCAGUUUGUACUCUGCCAGCUCCGCCGGCACCUGAAGGUCGGGCAAGAGCCACAGAUACACUGCAGAAAGGCCAGUGGAGCAGCAGAUAUGAACUCGAGUGCAUCUGCCUUUCACGUGUCAUUCUCACCGAUGGUGGGCGGCAGCCAGCGUUGCUACGGUUGGAGCCACGUCAGCAAUGGGCGACAGGUACAGCAUUCAUCCCACCAUCAU